AUGGCGAGUACCAUCAUCAUAGCGUACACUAAAGGCAGAUGCCAUCGCACCGACAUAGUAACAGAUCUGGUUGAUGUUCACCAGUUGGCUGAACAAGCGGGGUAUCGACAAGGGGAGGCUCACUUCGAGAUUCAACAUUCAUUCUCAUUUGGGAGAAGCACGACCUGGGUUGUCAUGCGCAAGCUUCAAUUCUACAUCGUUGUGCCCUGGAACCUGAGUGUCAGCCUCGAAUUUGCUGAUAGCGAAGACUGUUUUCGGUUUAUUCAUCGUGAUACGGUACGUAAGGAAUAUAGGACUCUGCCUCUCACGGAUGAAUCACUGAAGGAGGGCGGGCGAACCGUCAUUGAAGACAUUUUGCAUGCUAUUAUCCCUGUCGCUUCUAAGCAUUACUCUGCACAGUUGGAUGCCGUACAGCGUGGUCUUUCUUGCUCCCGUUUCCUGGAGGAGUUUUCAGGACCUGAAGCACAAUUAAUACGUCGUCGAGCUUCUAACCCCUUCGUGAAUCAUGCUCGUCCAUGCUAUCUCACGUUGCACCUUGAAGUAUACACCCUCCACCAUAGCGAUGCCUUGGCAUUCAUCAACCGCGUUAAUUGGGACGUAUCGACAAUCGCUCCCACAAUUUCAUCUAGUCCUUUCCGAUCUGUCAGUAAUCUCCGCCUCAACUUCCCCGCAAGCACUUCUCAAGCUCAAGAUCGCAGCGAUGAUUCAGAUUCCUCCCAACCCACUCGCAACGACCUCACGAUCAACAUCUCAGCGAACGAAAUUUCGCUUUUGACUGGCACGAACUCUGUAUCUGCCGGGAAUUCCUGCACUAUCACUAGCGAUCAUCGCAUUGUAAACAUUAAUUAUAUUAUGGGCGAUGUUUACUGGGGCCCUAUCAACGGCGGUAAUGUUGGAGGCAGAAAUAAUGUAAACUUCAGUGCGUAUCAAUUAUUCACUGCUGGUCUAUACGAUUUACGUUGA